AUGUUCGCCAAGCGGCUCUUCCACAAGGCACUCGUGCAUCAUCAGGUCCCUCCCUCCCUCCCCACCCCCAUCCUCCUCCCUCCCUCGCUCCAUUCCAUCUUUCGAUUUCAUCCAACUACCUGCCGCGUCCUUUCUGCUAAAACUACACUGGCAGCUCAGGGAGGGGGAGGAUCAGCCUCAGCACCGGCAUCACCUGGGGAUGUCAUCCAAAUGGACGCACAGAUCUCGACUCACUGCGGGGUGCCCUACACAGCAUCACUGCUCGCCUUCGAUUCCGUCCAGCGCCUCCUCGCUGUCGCAACUCUGGAUGGUAGGAUAAAAAUAUUCGGAGGUGAUAACAUUGAAGGCCUCCUUAUAUCACCAAAGAGUGUGCCAUACAAGUUUUUGCAGUUUAUUACAAACCAGGGGCUUUUGGUUGCAAUUUCCAAUGAAAAUGAAAUCCAGGUAUGGAAUCUUGAGUUCAGGCAACUAUUUUAUUCGUCCCAGUGGGACGUCAACAUUACUGCUUUUGCAGUCAUAGAGGGGACCUUUAUGAUGUACCUUGGAGAUGAGAAUGGUCUUCUUUCUGUAUUGAAGUAUGAUGUAGAUGAUGGGAAGCUUCAAAUAAUGCCAUACAAUGUUCAUAUCCAUUCUUUAAUUGAAAGAGCUGGUGUUUCGUUACAGGAUCCUCAACCUAUUGUUGGAAUACUGAUCCAGCCUGAAACUUUUGGGACAAGGUUGCUAAUUGCAUAUGAGAGAGGGUUGUUAGUUCUUUGGGAUGUAUCUGAGGACCGUGCAGUUUCUGUUAGAGGCUACGGGGAUUUACACAUGAAGGGUCAAAUCGAUGGUGCUCAGAGGGAUGCUGGUGAAGAUCAACUAGAUACUACUAUUGAUGAUAGUGAAGAAGAAAGAGAAAUUUGCUCUCUUUGUUGGGCAUCGAGAGAGGGCUCAACUGUUGCUGUGGGCUAUAUAACUGGAGACAUACUUCUAUGGGAUAUGACUACAAGAUCGUCCAGACAAGGCAAGCAAAGUGACGUUUCAUCUAAUGUUGUUAAGCUACAGCUGGCCUCAGGGAGUCGUAGGCUUCCUGUUAUUGUCUUGCAUUGGUCUGCUGGAUCAGCAAUACAUUCUACAAAGGGAGGGCAUCUUUUUGUAUAUGGCGGUGAUGAUAUGGGAUCUGAAGAAGUUCUCACGGUUCUUAGCCUGGAAUCGACUGCUGGAUUAGAAUCAGUGAGAUGCAUGUCACGAACAGACCUCAAGCUUGAUGGAUCCUUUGCUGAUAUGAUUCUUAUUCCUGAUACUGGGGUUCCUGAUAAAAGCAGAACUUCCGCACUUUUCAUUUUGACAAAUCCUGGACAGCUGAAUUUUUAUGAUGGUGGUUCUCUAUUUUCUGUGCAAAAUUCAAAAGAGGGAAACCCUCUACCAGAAGCACAGAAAUUUCCAGCUGCAAUUCCUACCAUUGACCCCAACAUAACGGUCACUAUUCUUUGUUCACUAACCAAAAGUGAAUUUCCAAAUAUUUCACUGAAGAAAUUUUGUGUUAGGAAAGAUGCUGGGUGUUUCAUACCAGCGAACAUGAAAUGGCCUUUGACUGGUGGGGUUCCGAGUGAGAUGUCGCUGAACAAAGAUCAUGCUGUUGAAAGAAUAUACAUUGCAGGCUACCAAGAUGGUUCUGUGAGAAUAUGGGAUGCAACAUUUCCUGUUUUAAUGCCAAUGUUUGUCUUGGAUGGACAGGUUGCUGAUGUUAACUUGGAUGGAGCAAAUGCUUCUGUAUCAUCUCUAGCUUUUUGUUCACUAAACAUGACUUUGGCUGUUGGGACAACAAGUGGUCUGGUGCGCAUCUAUAAACUUCGAGAGCACACUGGGGGUUCAAGCUUUCACUUUGUGAGUGAAUCUAAGCAAGAAGUUCAUGUUGUUCAUCAUAGGAAGGGAUUUCAUUGUUAUGUUGCCUUUUUGUCAUCAAAUUCCUCAGUGCGAUCUCUAUUAUUUAUGGCUUCAGGAGAGCUCCUUGCCGCAGGCUAUCAGAACGGUCAGGUGGCAAUGCUUGAUCCAAGUGAGCUAUCAAUUCUAUUCACUGUAGAUGGUGCAUCAGGAACAAAUUCUCCUGUUGUUUCCUUGAGCAUUUACAGUGUUGCGGCAUCUGCUGCAAAAGCAGACCAGUCAAAGAAAGAGAGUCCUCAAAAUGCGAAGUUACCCAGAGAUGUUCUUCUUUCCUUGACAAAGGAUGCUCGUGUUACUGUACUUGACUGCACAACGGGUGCGAUGAUAAAUUCACAUAUUAUACAUCAGAAGCAAUCAUCAGCUAUUUCCAUGUAUGUCAUAGAUGAGAAGCAAACCCAAUUAUCAGAGGACAAAAUUCCAAGUCAAGAUCAGGCAGGAAAAGAGGGCAAGGAUCUUGACAGAAUAGAAACACAAGGAGUUGAAAAGCACCUGAAAAAUGCUUCCCAGCUUUCACACAAUGGUGGUUCAGAUUCACUUGUGGUGUGCUGUGAGGAUGUUUUGUUUUUGUUAUCCCUGGCAUCAUUGAUUCAGGGAAGCAGCAAGCAUCUACAGAAGACGAAACUUACAAAACCUUGUUGCUGGUCAGCAGUUUUCAAGAAUAUGGAUGGCAAAAUUUGUGGGUUGAUAUUAGCUUAUCAGACUGGCAUCAUAGAAAUGAGGUCUGUGCCAGAUCUGGCUAUUGUUGCUGAGAGCCCCUUGAUGUCAUUAUUGAGAUGGAGUUACAAGACAGGCAUGGAUAAAUCAGCGAGCUCCUCAAAUGGACAAAUUACUUUGGUAAAUGGAUCUGAAUUUGCAAUUAUCUCUCUUAUGGCCUCAGAGAAUGACUUCAGGAUUCCGGAAUCUCUGCCAUGCCUUCAUGACAAAGUACUCGCAGCAGCUGCUGAAGCAGUUAUUAGUUUCUCAACUGAUCAGAGAAGAAAGCAGAAUCCUGCAGCAGGGAUUAUUGGUGGCUUCAUUAAAGGAAUGAAAGGCAAGGCUGAAGAAAAUGCAAAAAUGAGAGAAAGUUUGACUAUGCAAACUCCAAGCGAACAGUUGGAGUCAAUUUUCUUGAAAGAACCAUUUGCUGAACCUUCAAUACCCGAUCUUGAUGAUCCGAUAGAAGAAUUGUCAAUCGAUGACAUCGAGAUUGAUGAUGAAGUACCCGUGGCCCUGGCACCAGCAGCAUCCUCUACAUCCCAAGGGAAUAAGAGAACAGCAGUAGAGGAGGAGAGAGCGAAGCUGUUUGAAGGGUCAAGCAAUGUUGAUAAACCGAGAAUGAGAACUCCGCAGGAAAUUCUAACCAAAUAUAAGUUUGGCGGGGACGCAGCAGCAGCAGCUGCUCAUGCGAAAGAUAAGCUGAUGCAGAGGCAGGAGAAACUGGAGAAAAAUAAGAAACAAUUGCCAGGGAACUGCAACAGUACAUUGCCAGAAUGCCAGUUGAGUGUGGCACUGACAGUAGCGACAACCCCCUCCUGUCCGGCGGCGCAGGGCACCAUGUUCUGGGCGCUCUUUGUGCUGGGACACGACUGCGGGCACGGCAGCUUCUCCAACAACCCCAGCCCCAACAGCGUCGUCGGCCACAUUCUGCACUCCUCCAUCCUGGUGCCAUACCAUGGCUGGCGGAUUAGCCACAGGACGCACCACCAGAACCACGGCCACGUCGACAAGGACGAGUCAUGGCAUCCCCUCCCCGAGCGGCUGUACAAGAGUCUGGACAGCGUCGUCCUGAUGCUGCGCUUCAGGCUGCCCUUCCCCAUGCUCGCCUACCCAUUCUACCUGGCCAACAGGAGCCCCGGCAAGUCAGGCUCCCACUUCCACCCGGCCAGCGACCUCUUCCAGCUCAGCGAGAGCAACGACGUGCUCACCUCCACGGCGUGCUGGCUCGCCAUGGCCGCCCUCCUAGCUGCCACCUUCCUCAUGGGCCCUCUGCAGAUGCUCAAGCUCUACUUCGUACCCUACUGGGAAUGGACCUAUCUUCGGGGUGGCCUGACGACGCUCGACCGGGACUAUGGAUGGAUCAACAACAUCCACCAUCUCUUCCCGCAGAUCCCACAUUACCAUCUCAUUGAGGCGACAGAGGCAGCCAAGCCGGUGCUGGGAAAGUACUACAGAGAGCCGCAAAAGUCUGGCCCUCUCCCCUUUCAUCUACUAAGUGAUCAUGUUCAGAGCUUGAGACGUGACCACUAUGUCAGCGACACAGGGGAUGUGGUCGACUACCAAACUGACCCAAAACUCCAUUAG